UAAAUUAUUGCUUAGAAGUUGGAAAACGGCACAAGGCUGAAGGAGAAUUAAACUUGAGUUACAUCUCUGGUUCCUAAAAAUUAGCACUAUGACUGAUGGAGACUAUGAUUAUCUGAUCAAACUCCUGGCCCUCGGAGACUCUGGGGUUGGAAAAACAACGUUCCUGUACAGAUAUACUGAUAACAAAUUUAAUCCAAAAUUCAUCACGACAGUAGGGAUAGAUUUUCGGGAAAAACGAGUGGUGUACAAUAGCAGAGGACCAAAUGGAUCUCCAGGAAAAGCCUUUAAGGUACAUCUCCAGCUUUGGGACACAGCCGGACAGGAAAGAUUUCGAAGUCUUACCACAGCAUUUUUCAGAGAUGCGAUGGGCUUUUUACUGAUGUUUGAUCUCACCAGUCAACAGAGCUUCUUAAAUGUCAGAAAUUGGAUGAGUCAGCUGCAAGCCAAUGCGUAUUGUGAGAAUCCAGAUAUAGUGUUGAUUGGUAAUAAAGCUGAUUUAUCAGACCAAAGGGAGGUAAAUGAAAGGCAAGCAAAAGACCUGGCGGACAAAUAUGGCAUACCAUACUUUGAAACGAGUGCUGCUACUGGACAAAACGUGGAGAAGGCUGUGGACACUCUCCUGGACUUGAUAAUGAAACGCAUGGAGCAGUGCGUGGACAAGACACAAGUCUCUGACACCGCCAAUGGAGGAAGCUCAGGAAAGCUAGAUUCGGCAAAACCGGAGGAGAAAAAGUGUGCCUGCUAAACUUCACCUCUAAACUGUGAGAGCCAAUCAAAAUAUUUCAUCAGAAAACGGUUGACCUACCACCAAAUCCAAACCUGCUCUGUUGAGCCAUGCACAGAAGCAAAGUUGCAUUGUUUUAUUGGGAUUGUGCUUUUUUUUUUCCUCCAAAGAACUGAUUUAAAAACUAAAACCUGUGUCUCAGUGAGGCUCUUGUGAUGAAAUAAUUCUUCCUGAUAGGUGCCAUUUUCAUGGAAAAUUCUCCCCCAUUUGCUUCCCCUCCCCACUCCCUUCCCCUCUCAUCUUUAUUUUAGAUGUGAUCGGGAUGCCGCAUAGAGGAAAGUAGCUUUAUUUUUUUAAAAAAAAGGAGGGAAAGAACUUAUUGUCUAUAUAAACUGGUUAUAGAAAUUGAAGUGGAAGUGGGUGGUUUUCUAGGCCUGUGCCAUUUUUCCACAGAUUCCCGUUUCUUUAUAAUUCUUAAUCUAUAUCAGGGACCACGCAUUUUCUAAGGCAGAGAUACAAAAGAUUGUAUGUAUGUGGCCUAUUAAGAAAAACUUUAUUACUUGCACAGAGUAAGCAAUGCUGUGAAUCUGUCCUGACUGAAUCACUGAUAAGUUGGUUAGUUAG